AUGUCGACUCUUCUUACUCCCACAUCUGACGCUACGUCUACGACGUCUCAUGACAAACUCCUUGAGCGCCUUGGGAGUUUGGAGGUGAACGCGGACCAGACUAUGAACCAAACAACCUCCAAUAUUCUCAGACAAGUCCUUGACCUCAUCAAAACCGACGAGACACUCAGACGGGACUUGAAUGUUGCCUUUGCCCGUAACGAGUCUGAUGAAUCUUCCCGUGGUGUUGGCAACUCCAGUGGUUCAGAUCCUCCAAUGGUUCCUAUCGACCCGUCGUCCGAAGCAGCCGAGACUCCUGUGAAGAUUGAAGCAGCUGAUGGGGUCGCAUUUGAGGAUCGCGAUGAACGAGCCUCAGUUGCUGACUCAAGUCGGGUCUCCAAUCGAUUCACUCUCCGUCCUAUCCGUGUCAUGGUCAACAACACCGAGUACUUUGUCCACGAGGAUAUUUUCAAAGCCCUGUUCCCAUACCAAGAUCUCCCAGAACGCGACGGUGUCUUCGAUCUACCAGACAAUUACAAUGAGCCAUUCGUCGCAGCACUUGAUUUCGAAUACAGUGGAAACAAUGAUGCCCUUUAUCAAUAUCUCAUGGCGGACGAUCUCGAGAGCCUUUGCGAAUUUGCAAAGGAUUAUGGGAAUAUGCCUCUGAUUGCCGCAAUCUUGCAGGUCCGUGGAGACGAGCUCUUCAAUCACGGUACUCUGGAGUGGGUUUCCAAAAUCUACGGCUUCUUUGUCGAAGUCCCAGCAUUCAGAGAUCACUUCCGAGGUUGCUUGAGAACGGAGCUCUUGAGACGACACGGUCAUGGUUCGUCCCACUUUCUCGUCACCUCAGUCGUAAAGACACUGUCUGGUGUCGACACCGCCAUGGAAGAUGUGUCUAUGGUGCUUCACGACCUGUGGGAUUCAAGCACGGAAACAGCGCAUUCCUUGCAAGCCCAACUCGACGCUCAAGAUAAUGUUGAGAGCAACUCGGACAACAACAAUGACAGUGGCUGGAGAGAUGCUGCGCACAACGGUGGUUGGGUCUGUAACGACCAAAACGAUCAUCAGGCUGUCAACCAGGGAAACAAUGACAAUACGGACACGGGUGUCAAGUCAUCUGACCGUUGGCCCAUCAUCUCUGCAGCAGACCCUCUUCCACGAACAGAUCGACCCAAUACGACCAGCACAUGGGAUAUGCACCCUCCUUCACCCACGCAACCUCCCCCGGCAAAUCCUGACCCGCCUCACCAAUGCUUCUGGGAGCAUGCGACCUCGCGUCACCUCACCACGCCGGCGUUUUUGCCUGAGCCGCCUCCAGGUACUUCCAGCUCUGACGCAGUGACCGCCGACCAUGCGACCCGUUUGCAGAAAACCUCCGCUCUCGCGCGUUGCAUCAACCACUGGGUCAACCAGCAAAUGCAUGGUUUGUGGUUCGAGGCUGCGGCUGUCGCUACCGGAGUCGGGUGCACCGUGGCAGAGGCAGGAGCUGCCCUCAGAGAACUCCUUGAUAUCACCGUGUACAUGGAUAGCGUCAGCCUUGGGGAUAUUCGCUACCAAUCUCUUUCAGCCAAGCCGAAAGUAGUCCCGUUCAGCACCACGUUCGUCGGGCGUUGGACGACCUAG